CGGAGCUCACAAUUGAACGACCGAUCGCGUCGCCGUCGCAAUUUCUACGCGUUGGUUUGUUCGUCGCAUCAAAAGAAGGUUUUCAGACAACCAUUGGAUCGCCAUAACUAUUGCAUGGCAGGAAACCACAAUGGCACCCCCAAGAGUUAUUCAUCACGACACCUCAAUCGUUCAUACCCCAGAAUAUGAGGAUUUUAUCGCAAAGCUCAGAGUCUAUCAUGAAAAAAGAGGAACGCAUUUCGAUCCUGAACCACGAGUUGGAACCAAGACUAUAGACCUUUUACAUCUUUACAAUACUGUGAUUGAGCGCGGUGGCUAUGAUAAAGUCAGCGAUGAGAAGCUUGCAUGGAGAAAGCUUGGUUCAGAUUUCAACUUGGGAGCUAAUAAUUUACCUGCGCUCGCAUUUAGUCUCAAAACGACUUAUUAUAAAUACUUAGCUGCAUAUGAAAUCUCGACUUUUCAUGGCAAGGUGCCACCUCCUCGUGAAAUUUUAGAAGACACAACGGCUAAGGGUGGGGGACUUCUUUUUCGGACUAUGGACAAUUUUAGACCCUCAAUUCGCAGAGAAACGGGCAUGCUUGGUACCGAAAAUUCAGAGGCUUCUGGCGACGAUGGCACACCUGUGCGCGACAGGAAUGGAAGUGAAGAAAUGCCGGGCUCUGGGGGCAGAGUGACUCGAGGUCUGCGACAAGCUCCUCCACAGCGCGUAUUAUUCCAACCUGAUACACAACCAUCUCGACAAGUUCGACAACAUCCUUCCGCAACUUCUCAUCCACCUCCAACCCCACAGCACCACUUACCCCAACAUCAAACACCAUCGCAUUCGCAUCAACAUCAUAUGCCACGAGUCGGCGGCCCCUACUCGCACAAUCCUUCCUCUGGUACCGAAAGUAUGUCACUCGCGGUUGCAAGUUACGAGCCUCGGCUCCAAAUGCCAUUGACACUCCGUCCUAUAAUCACCCCAGGAAAUAACGCUGUUGAGUUUGCGCGACGCCAAAAAGCUUUGAAAGAUGCAGCUGUAGCUGCAGCUGCAGAAGGUACCAAAAGUAAUGCAAUUCCUAGGGGGAUGAUGUUGCCCGGCAGUAAGUGGUCUAGUUUUCCUCUGCAAGUGUUUUUACCUUUUGAGAGUGGUGGCUAACAGUCCGAAAAAAAGCUGGCUUUGAUGGACCUAAUAUUUAUGUUCGUUGCCUCUGUUCUUUAAGAUCUGGUAUCAAAGAGGAGCAAGAUUACGCUCUGCACCACCUGGUUAAGAUCUCGAUGGAACGUGGUGAUAAAUACAAAUUCGAAGGAUUUCCAGGUUUGGCCGAAGCCCUGAUCGAGAAAAUGCUCGAAAUCGGUUCAUUGUUUUACGAUGUACAUUGGCGGAUAUCCUACACGGAAGAUGGCGGAAUGGUCUCAACCACUGAUACAAUCAAUGGUUUAGAAGGCACACCAGAUAUACUGGAAAGAAUCAAACGUUUAGCUAAGCUGCCAGUCGACGAUAACAUUCAAACCGAGGAAUUUAGUGACUCUCUUCUUCAGAUCAAUGAGGCAGCAUUGACUAUGAGAAAUAUGGUCAUGUUAGAAGAGAACGCCUUUUACGUAUCAGAACUUGCACCUCUACGAGAUUUUCUCAGUAUUGCCUUAAACCUCCCCAACUCUGACGCCGUUGUAGAAUUAAAACACUACGCUUUAGACAUUGCCGAGCAGCUUACCAAAUAUCUUCACUUCGAGGUUGGAGACCCCCUUUAUCUUUCACUUCUCAAACAAUUGGAUUCACAGGACCGGGGCGCUAUUUUGACUUCACUGAGAGCCAUUAGCAGAAUAUCAAUGAAUCUGGAGGAGAAUAAUCUUCUUAAAGGUGUACCAGCAUCAGCUGUACAAAACAUCAUCGAUUGGACCUUAUUAAAUGACGAAGAUCUCGCACAUGCUUGUUUAGACUUCCUCUAUCAAUACACGGCGGUCGUUGAGAAUGUGGAUUACUUGAUCACGGAGGUAAAAGCAGAGCCACUGGUUAAACAGUUGACGCGACUCCUCAUGCAUGGGGCUCGCAUCAUCGAAAAGGAGUUUAAUUUAGGUACGCAAUACAGAAAACCUGCACCUUCGGAAAUUGCGCCUAUCCCACAAGAUUUACUUCUAGAAAUUUCCAAGUUCGAGGAACCAGAGCGGAGCUCACGUUGGUUACGUUGUCUUUACGAAGAAGAUCCUGAUGAAUCUAUUACGCAAAUCGCCUUGUGGCAUGCCUAUCAACAACAAUUUAGUUACCUGGCUACGGCAACAUCAAAGGCACUUCUACCUGCUGCAGAUUUUAUCAAGAAUGUGAGCACUACCUUCGGCGACAAGGCGAAUGCCCAGGUUCAAAACGGUCCAGUGACAAAAUUUAUCAUCAAAGGAAUUCGAUGCCGCAGUGAGCCAGUAGAUCUGCAGGGGGAGGCAUACACCAAAUGCUUGUGGCGCACUCAUCUCGGACGACCUUGCGGAGAAUUCUUCAUGACCCCUGAGGCAGGCUAUCAGCAUAUCCUCAGAAACCAUUUCGGAGCCCAACUCAAUGCGGAGAACAAAUACGUAAAUUCAGCUACAAAUCAACAAUAUGUGUGUGCAUGGGAUACGUGUUCUCGCUUUCGUUCCUCCCCCGCCACCAAACUAUCGGAAGUUGCUACCCAUAUCAAAGUCCAUCUCCCUCCUAAGCGCACUCUUACUAGCGAGCGCGAAUCCCAGGAACCUUCUGGUCCACCUCCAGCCAAGAAACACAAACCUUCAUAUAUCGUUCAACCACCUCGUAUUAGCUUCAAAUACCACUAUACAGCUGUCGAUGAACAUAAUGAUGCAGCAGGUAUUCCACUGAGUUCGGUGUUAGUUCUCCGGAAUUUGGCGAGGAAUGUUAGUAAAACCGAAGCAGAGGAGACAGCUCUUAAGGAGGGUGAAGUUUCUUGGGUUGACCGAUUGUUUAAACCGGUGGAGCCGAGAUUGUUUGCUAUUUAUGCGCACAAUAAGAUUUUGGUAUGUCAUCUAUUAUUCUAUUUUUUCCCUAAAUCCCCUCAUCAAUGCUUUCUUGUCUCUGUUCAACUCUCACAUGAUUAUCAAAAAAAAAAUCCACAUAACUUUCGUUCAUCCGUAUUGACCGCAAGGUCGUGGGGAGACAAUUUAUCUCUACAUGAUUUUGGUGUUAUCCUGGACACCUAGCUCUCUCGCAAUCAACAAGUCAUUCGGGCAUACUAAUUUUUGCAAUUAAAAUAGGCAACAUACAUGACAGAUCUUCUCGUUGCAAUCAAGGAUACACAAAAUUAAAAAGAAGAGACUCAUCUGGGAUAUGGAGUGAGGGACUGGUAUUUCGGGAUUCAAGCAAACAGCGAAAAUAUGCGUAUGCUUUUCCAUAGGCAUGCACGCAUAUGAUGUGUUAAAUGGCUAUUUAAUAAAGGAGGCGGGGCACAAAAUUUAAGUAUGACGGCUAGGCGUUAUGGUUGUUCAGACUUGCUUGGAGAACUAAUUAUCAUGGUGUAUGAUAGAUGCCUGACUGCUUUACAAUACCUCCGCAGCUUGCCUAUAGUGAUGGGCUUGGAAUGCUAGCGAGGGAAAGAGACUAUGAGUUUUGACCCUACUACUAUCAUUUUUACUUACUGAUAAUGUAUGAGUGAGUGUCAAUGGUGAUAUGAGAAGAUAGAGUAAAAUCCAGAUGCAAUCUGUAUUUGAACUUCAUCCUACAUAAUAUUCAGAUAAUUAUAUCGAACUUCAUCGAGCAGUAAUAAGU